AUGAGGUUCCUGCAGCUUGGGAAGUUCCGGAUCGGAGAUGUGGAUGGCAGGCGCUUCGUGGUCACCCAUCUCAAAACCGGAAAUCUGCUUCAGCUCUACAACAGUGACGGCACGCUUGACCCGGAUGAAUCAGCGUCUUGGGCCGGGCAGCUCAACAAUCGCUAUGCCCAGUUCCACUGUGGCGGCGUCCAGACAAUUCUUGGCACCUGUCCCGGCAUCACCACGGGAGACCGAUUCAUGCAGUUGGGCGAUUGGCGCCUUGCUGCCAUGGACAACAAUCACUUCAGCAUUUCGCACCGCAACGGUGAGACAGCCAUGAUUUACAAAUCUGAUGGGACACUUCACAAAGGGCCGCGGGAGGACUGGGGUGGUUGGGACCGUGAGGCAAAGAAAGUCACAACGCCAGGUGCCUCCCUGUUACAGUGGAUGGGAGGACGGCGGCGGCUGCUCAAAAGUAAGAAAAUUAAGUUUCCUCAAGUCCGACAUGAAAGGAUCAAGUUUGGAGAUCGCUUUAUUCAAUUCGGCAAGUUCCGAAUUGGUGAAGCGGAUGAGACCCAUUUCUCCAUUUCGCACAAGGGCAAGGACGGCGAAACCAGCCAAACCAUUCAGAUCUUCCGCUCUGAUGGCACCUUGCACCCUGGUCCUCGCACGAGCCAUGGCUUGUGGGACCGUGAGACGGGUGCAGCCCAGGGGGUUACGUUUGGAGAUCGCUUUGUGCAGAUCGGCAACUUCAGAAUUGGAGACGUCGACUCCAGUCAUUUCUCAGUGUCGCAUGUGCAGGGGCAGACCAUCCAAGUCUUCCGGUCCGACGGGACGACGCAUCCAGGCCCUCGCACAGAUUGGACGACAUUCGGCCGUCAGCUCGUGGAUUGCACAGUCGAGUAA